GUGCGCUAAUUGGUUGAUCGCAUUGAUGUCGAGAGCCGUGCACGCAGCACCGCACACGAGUGUUUGUGUCCCCCACUCUCUCACUCAUUCACUCACUGACCCCCUUGCUCACACGUACGAGAGACAGACAACAGUGUGUCCGGCCAUCCAUCCCUCUCUCAUCCCACUCAUCAUCCUUCCUCUUGUUCUGUUUUGUUGGCAGCCAGCUACCGAAUCAGAUGAUGGAGACAGACAGCACGGAUAAACACACGUACACUGACGCGACACACAUGGAUUCACAUCACUCCCCGGUCCUCUCUCUCCUCUCCUCUCCUCUCUGUCUCUCCUCUCUCUGUCAGCAGUGGUGGCAGCAAAUGGUCCGCAUCGCAUUCAGGCAUGCAGACAGACAGACAAGACAUGAUGGGCACGGGCACGGCAGCAUUCACACGCAUCACAGCACAUCGCAUCACACACAUGAAUCAGUCCACCGAUAGAUCAAUUGGCCUGGAAGAUCUAAAAAUAGCUCGGUCAUUUCAUUGGAUGGAGUGGGCAGCCCUGCCAGCCGUCCCUCCCUCCCUCCCUCCACAGUCAGUCAGUCGGUCAGUCAUGACACACACAUGCACAUGCACACGCACAUUUCGAUGAAUGAAUGGCACGCAGACGACAGCCAGGCAGACAGGCAGGCAUACACACGGGGGGCGGUGGGCGGGCAAAUCCGCUUGGUACGCAAGAAAGAGACACCAGUCAACACCAAAAAACUUUCCUAUGCUUGCCUUGCCCCCAUCCAUCCGUCCAUCCAUCCAUCCAUCCAUUCAUCCAUUCACCUGGCAGGCACCCAUUCGCGCAGCCGCCGUCACACCACGCCACCCACACCCAUGACAGACACCCAUGGCCACCAUCCAUCCAUCUCAUCUCAUCUCUCCUCUUUGAGCAGCCCAUCUCACUUCAUUCAUCCAUCCAUUCCAUUGCAUGGCAGGGGGUCAGGAAGGGCACGCAGCGAUCGAUUGAGGCCGGCCGGCCGGCAGGCAGGCAGGCAGGACAGGAAAAAUACCCUUGGUCGGAAGGCUUGCUUGGUGUAGCUCGCUUACUUUUCGGUGUCAAUCAGUCAACCAAAUCGAUCAGCCAAGAAGCAGCAGAAGGAGAAGGAGAAAGAGCGAUGGUCCUAUCUCUAUCUAUCUGUUAGGCUACGUAGCAGCCAGUUAGUGGUGCCGCGCGUGGAUGGAUGUGUCAGUCAGUAGUCAUGUGCUCACAGAGAUGGGAUGGAGAGAGAUGUCAGCAAGAGAGAGAGGGGGAGUGGAGCGAGUAAGCUCUCCCUACCAAGUCCAUCCAUCCAUCCAUCCACGUGUGCUGUGCUUUGCUGUGGUGUGUGUUUGUGAGGUGUGUAGACCACAAUGGUGAAAAAGCCUCGAGUGAAAAAGACCGUACACAGAGACAGACAGGUAGACAGGCAGACAGAAAAUUGAAGGAGGAGGCAAUCAACCAACAACAGGCAGGCAGACAGAAAGGCGCCACACGUAAAAAUCCUUCCUUUGUCGGUCCAUCCAUCCAUCCGUCCACAAAUGCUGCUAUGCUGCUGCUGUCCGCCUACCGGCCACCAUACACACAUUACUUACUUACUCACUUAAACCCUCCGCCGUAGGUAUAGGUAGGUAGCUAUGUAGCUCGUCACUGACUGCAAAAAGAAGAAGAGACCAUGGCAUGGCUGACGUAGGCAGGCAGGCAGGCAGGGAGGGAGGCAUCUUUCGCGGAGGGGAGUGAGUCAAGUGGGUGGCAGGGGGGGGUGGGUGGGAGGGGGAACAGAGAGGAAGAGGGCGAAGGGAAGAGAACUCGUAAGUAAGUAAGAUAUCAGGCUGUCUAUUCACAGGCAGGCACUUCCUCACACGCCAGUGAACUGAACACGGCACGCAGCCACCCAUCCAUCCGCCGGUGAGUGGCUGGCUGGCUGGCUGCGUGCAUCUCAGCUUCCAAAAAUCCAGGACAAACACCACACCCACCACCACCAACAACAACAAACAGCAAACACCUCUGCCCUCUCCCUCCCUCUCUGUCCCCCUCCCCCUCCCCCUCCCCUCUCAGGCCACAAAUCGUCACGUGUUGGCGCGCAAUGCGAUAUGAAGCAAAAGCAGCACACGCGCCAUGCGACACGACAAGACACGACACACUGCAUCACAUCAACAGCUAAAUGGGGCCAUCCGCCGUCACUCACAUCACAUGAGAGAGUGUGUGUCGGGUCGGGUGGGGUGCGGAAGUAAGUUACGUUAGCAAAGACAGACAGACAGACAGACAGAAAGCCGAGAAAGAUCGGUAUGACGGAUGGGCUGAAGUGAGUGGGUGAGUGAGAAAGAUGGAAUCGAAUCGAAUCAAGCACGUAAAGGCAAGGCAAGGCAAGAAAGGGAAGACACUGAAUGAAUGAGUGAGUGGGCACACGCACACGCACACACAUGGACGCACACGAACACUCCAUACGUAAUCAACGGAUGAGAAAAAACAUACACACAUAGAGAGACAACAUGCACACAUGGACGGACGUGCACUCAUACACACAACAUGUACACACCCAUACCUGCUUUUCGCGCAACAAUUGCGCUUCCCCCCACCCACACCCCUCAGCCCUCACCCUACCCCUCCCACAAAUCCCUCCCUCCCUGCCUGCCUCCCGUGGACCGACACACCGUAAAAAUAAGACUGACGAGGGCGUGUGUUCAAGGCGGCAUUGACCACCACUCUCCCUCUCUCUCUCUCCUUCAUUCUUUCCUCUCUCGCACAGAGAAACACACAAAGACGCAUUGCAUCGCAUCGCAUCGCUUUCUCGCCAGUCCAGACAGACAGACCGACAGAACGACAGCCUGCCUUGCCAACCAGCAGGCUACCGACAAUCGAUAGAUGUGUAGGGGUGUGUUUGCAGUGAUUCAUUCCGCCAGACAGACAGACCGACAGCCAUCCAGCCGUUAUUAAAACCACCGCCCCGCCACACACACAUACACACAUACACGCACACAUGAGGGGACGAAUCACUCUGACCAGCCCUGGGCCUGCUGCUGAGUCGGCUGCGGCACCACGUAGCCGUUGGCAGUCACCUGCUGCUGCGGGGCCGCCUGCUGCUGCUGCUGCUGCUGGUAGAGGGGGUGGGCUGCGCCUGGUGGCGGUUGCUGGGCGAGGGCCUGGUCCUGACGCUCGAAGGAAUCCAGCUUCUGCUGGAUGAGGGCACAUGCCUGCUCAACUCCCUCGGCAGAACCCUUGACAGUGCCUGGCAGGUACACAACACACCGACAGACAGACAGCAAUGGUGCGGUUCGGUGCGGCGCAUCCGGUUUGGUGUGGCUGGUGCGGUGUAUGUGGAGUGUGUGGCAAUUGAUUACAAGUCCUGGUGCCGGGGGGCUGGUCCUGUGUGGCGUCGCGUCUGUCGAUGUGGAUGUUGGUGCCGCUGCUCUUCUGCAGAUCCUCCACCUGGUGGCCCUUGGAACCUGACACGACACACACCGGGACACCAGGACGCACCACGACCGCAUCCAUGUCGAUGGAUGUGAGGCGUGUUGCAGUUGGUUCGCUCACCGAUUAGCCUCGCCACGUGCUGGUCUGGCACCGGCACCACACGCACACACGUCCUGAACCACACACACACAGACACACAGACAUGGUUUCCUUGUCGCACUGCCCGCGCCCCUCCCUCCCUCCCUCCCCUCACCCAUCGCUUGUGGCACUGCCGGCCCCGCCAUAGCCGUCAUAGCCCGCCGUUUGCGGCGGGUACAGCUGCGCCCCGCCGUAGGCCACCCCGCCGGCCACCUGCAUGCCCACAGCGGGGAAGGCCCCGCUCAUGUUGCCAGACGCCACGAUGGGCGCGUUGAUCUUGGUCUCGAUCAGCUUCUUGGCGUGGUGAAUGGCCGACAGGGAACCCUUGAUGGUCAGCUGCACAGAGAGAGAGAGAGAGAAGGGCAUGAGAGGGCUGUGUUGAGGGGGGGGGAGGGGAGGAGAGAAGCGAUGGCUACCCUGCGAUGUGGCGCACUGGCCGGUGCGUCAUUGAUGACAUCGAUCUUGGUGCCGGACAUCUCUUGUAUCUCCCUCACCGUGUUGCCCCGCGAGCCGAUGAUCCGCGCCACAGCGUCGCCCGGCACCACAAACUCUGUCAUCGUCAGAGAGCUGUCUGACGGCGGCGAGGGCGUCCCGCUCGCCAGCAUCUCCACAGGCCGGCUGUAUCCAGCGGCGGCAACGGCCUCCUGCGCACCGGGGGGGUAGUAGCCGCGGAGAGACGCCGCGUACGGCCCACCGGCGGCUGCGAGCGGCGUGCCCGGAUACUGCUGCGCCAUCGACUGCCCGUACCCUGCCACCAACACGACACACAUAUAUAUGCGCAACACACACGCACACGCGCAUGUGCCCAUCCUUUCUGCUGGCUGGGCGGCUGACCGACCUGGUUCGAGCGGCUCGCCCUGCAUGAAGUCUGGUGUGGCCUGGUAGGGCUGCGAUGCGGCGGCCGCCAUCAUGGGCGGCAGCGACUGGUGAGGGGGCCCCAGUGCGUAUGCCGUGUAGCCCACCGACAUGUGCUGCUGUUGCUGCUGGCUGGGCGCUGCCAUGUGGGACGUGGGCAUGGGCAAGGGGGACGGGAAGAAGGGAUGCGGGUGGCCCGGCUUGGACAAAGCUGAGCGAGAAGGAAUGAGUGAAGCGAUAUCAUGUGUGGGUGGUGGUGAGAGAGACUCCCCAGCCCACCUGUGGGGGUGGCGUGUGCAGCGGGGCUGGCUCCACCAGAGGCAAACACCCCUGCACCUCCAGCGGCAGUCGGGCUCGUGCCAACAGUGGUCGGCGUCUACCAACACGCAACCAACCAACACACAUCCAUCCAUCCAUCCAUAUCGAUUGUACCGCCCUGCGUGUGCUCCCUCACCGUGAAGACGCGCGAGUGUCGUGAGAUGAGGUACUGAGCAGUGGUGCAGCCGGCCGGCGUGCCGGUGAUGAGAAUGCGCCUGCCGCCGAGUGAGGGGAGCAUCUCGCCCUCCGACUCGAUGUCGAUGUGUGCGCCGCUCUCGUGCUGGACGGCCUUGAUGUUGUCGCCGCGCUUGCCGAUGAUGUACUUGACGCACCCGUUGGGCACCACCAGCUUCAGGAUCGUCGGCUGGUUCGGGAAGUUGGCCGCACUGCCCAUUGUCUUGUUGCGGACCUGAUGAAUGAAUGAAUGAAUGGAUGGACGAACGAAGGAACGACGCCCAUACAAGGGAGACGGGGAGGGAGGGAGGGAGGGAGGGUGUGGUGGGUUGCCUACCUGUUGGCUGAUGAGGUGCUGGCAUCUCUGUAUGGCCACGAUGGUGCCGAAGAUGGUGAGCUUCCUUUCCGAGAAGUUGGGCAUGAUCUCGGCCUCGCUCUGCACCUUGACCUCGGCAGCCGACAUGCGCUCGAUCUCCGCUAUGCACUGGCCCUUCGCCCCAAUCAACCUGCAAGCAAUGCAACCAAACAACGGGCCACUCCAGUCAGGUCACCACACGCACACAGCAAGGCGAUGCUGAUGCUGCACCAUACACACAUACUUACGUACCAUCCGACAGUGUGGUUUGGGAUGAGCAUCAUCAGCGAGGUGCACGUCCUGUCGACGUCGUCGUUCUUCAAAAAGGCCGCCUCGUUCAGAUCGCUCAUACUCAAGGGGUACUUAAACUUGUGAGGCUGACCCACACCUCCCACACCGCCCACACCGCCAGCAGCGCUCAGGUUGCUGCUGCUGUGGAGGGGCGUGUGCGUCGCCCCACCCGCCGCGACACCGACAGCAGCCAUUGACGCGUGGAAGGGGGGCGAGGUGGGACCCUCGAGCGGCCUGUCGUCGACUUGAGGGCCGUGUGGGUGUGCCGGGGAAUGUAUGUGGGAGGCAGUCAGGGAGGAUGGCUCGCUGAGAGGGUGAGGGGGGAGGGAAGGAUGGGGCGAGGUAAAACCCAUCGGGACAGACACCACUGAAGGAAGACACAGACGCAAAACACACACAAGUGUGUCUGUCUCCUCGAUAUGAUCACCAACGACACCAUAUCCUCCCCUCUCUCUCGGCCUGUGUGCCUGCCUGCGUGCCUGCCUGCCUCAUCGGCUGGCUGACCUUCAUGGCUCUUGGCGUUGUAGGCUGACAUGGGGUAAGUGGUGUGCCGAAUGGCGUGCGGCUCGGCGCCGGGCAUCUGCAUCGCACUCAUCAUCUGCAUCGCCGUCGCCGCGCUCAUAAUAACCACAAACACCACACGCCGCCCUCAAUCACAGACACCGCACCGCAGACACACCAAAGCGGCAGCCGCCGCCCAAAGCGCCACCCACACACUCAGAUGGUCACUCGACAGGCGACAGGCGUCGAGCAGCGGGCGGCUUGACAGAUGAGAUGAGACGCUGAUUUGAUGUCGCAGCAGCAGCGGAUUUCAGCGUGUGCUGACGUCGCAGCGAUGCUUUCACCACUCGCCCCGGCCGGCUGCGCACACACGUCGGCACACUGUAAGGUCUCCCUCUCUCUGUGCUUUGCUUGUGGCUUGGCGUCAGUCAGCUGAUCUGCGGGAGCUGUCUAGUCACAUUCCACUUCGGCACACACUGCAGGCCUGAAAGAACCCCGCUGGCGUCUCUGCUGACUGCCCUGCUGCCGUCAGUCAGGUCUUCCGGUGUGGCGGUGAGAGAUGCCGCCCCGAUCUCGCUGGCCGCAGACGCUGUGGGCCAGAUCUUUACUGCUGCCGUGCACUGCGUUGCCCUGACAACCGCAACGCUCCUUAUUUGCCGUGGCGCCCACCAAACUGCGAGCUUGCAAUAUUCUGCGAGCUGUGGGAAGAUACGAAGUGAUUUUCGUUGAUGGGACGGACUCUUGAUUGCAGACAGACGAAAUGGUCUUAGUAGGACGCUCGCUCAUUACCAACAAUUACCACACAACGAACGAAUGAAUGAGAUCACUGAGUGUCACCACCAUCCAGAACCAAACGCACGGACCGCAGACACGACUCACCUGUCUGUCUGUGUCUGUCUGUCACUCUCACACGACACCCAGACAGGCAGGCAGACAGUCAGACAGGCAUGGUGCUUGAAAUGGCAAGGUACGGCGGAUGGGCUGGUGGCAGGUGGGUGGGGUGAGGUGGGUCGGUACGUAUACAACAACGGCGAGGGGGGAGGACGGGAUCAACACUGGCCAUGAACGAAUGUCACACUGACACACGCAGGCAGGGCAGACCAGACCAGACCAGCAACCAAUCGGGCACGCUGGCAGGCAGCCAGGCAGGCACUGUGUCGUGGUAUGCUAUGUAUGCCUGUCUGUAUGUAUGUCUGUCUGCCUGUGUGUGUACCGCAUCCAUGGUGUAAUGGUGUCUGUCUGUUGGUGCCCUUCAAAAAGUGAGGAACGUACGCACCGCACCGCACCGCACCCUGGCUGGCUAGCUGGUCUUGCGUAGUGCACUUAAAGGAAUGAGUGGAUGGAUGGAUGGAUGGAUGGGCACACACACACACGCACGCGACAGACGCGACAGACACCAAUUGGCCGCCCACUCCAGUCACUCAUUCAUUAGUGGAUCAUCCACACACACAUACAUACAAGUGCCGCAGCAGAUAGCGCCCCCGUGCCGAAGGGAGAGUGAAGAGGCACAAAAAUCGCCACGCAGCACCCAGGCAACAAACUCUCACUCGACCUCAUCCCCCCCACCCCACCCCACCCCACCUCUGCCUUCAUCCAUCUUGUUGUCAUUUUUACGUGUGUGUGUCGGUGUGUGUAUUGUCUGUGUGAGAGUCUGGAGCAAUGAGCAGGCACAAGCACGGCACCCGGCCGGCACACAGCACUGUCUCCCUCCCUCCGUCCCUCCCUCGCACCGCACCGCAAAAGUAAGCGAGCGGGCGUCUUCACACCACCAGCAGAUGAAGCAAGCGACCACACACCACACCACACCAAACCACACCACAGCCCCCGCUAUCACGCCAUCACGCCGACGCCCACGCACAUCCAUCCAUCCAUGCAUCCAUUCGGCCACGGCACAUAAUCGACUGGUCGAUCCUUCCUGUCGUCCUUGCUGUCUUCAUUGGUUCAUUCCUUCCUGUACUCACUCAGUCACUCACUGCUGUACGUCAGUCAGUCCGAUAGGUGGCUGGCUAUGUUAUCGACAAAAAACGCAGAAGCCUCAUCUCACUCACUCACAGACACACAGACAGAUAGAUAGGAACCUCAGCUCUCCUUCCUUCCUCGCUGAGCUGAGCUGACCUGACUGACCUGAGCUAUAUAUAGGUGAUAAACGAAUUAGACACAUACAUACACACAACAUCACAGGCCAUGCGACACCCCCCAACCUUCC